UUUUAUCAAUAUAUUAAAGUUAAAUUACUAGCAAUGCGAUGUAUGAAAUUUUCAUUAGCGGUUAUCGUUUGGCUGAUGUGUUACACGGAAAACCCUAUUACGUUUAUUGUAUCGAAAUUUUAGAAUCAAAGACCAAUAUUCGAUAUUGCAUUGAGAAAAGAUACAGUGAAUUUAGUGCAUUACAUCGUACAUUGAAAAAAUAUAACUCGGAUAUUGCACCAUUUCCACCAAAGAGAGUAAGAAAUUCACAACCAAAAGUAUUAGAACAGCGACGGGCUGCAUUGGAAUUAUAUCUACAAAGAAUGUUACAUAUAAUGGCAACAAAACAACAAGUUCUCAAUUUUCUAGGCAUAGAAAGCCAGGAAACUGAUGCAUUUCAUAAGAGAAUACACAAAACUAUAAACGGCUCAAGGCAUUGUCAUUCAAAUAUAUUAGGACAUCAUCCUGUCUUAAGUUUUCACUGUGAUCCAUAUAUCCAAGCUGACCCCACUAGCAAUCUUCCAGAUGUUGUAACUAAUGGUGUACUGUUGGGUAUAUAUAAAUCUUGAGAUUCUUCCAAUAUAUUAAGAUUAUUUUACACAGAUAUUAAAAAAAUAAGUAUAAUUAUAUUUUGUAAACAAUAUUUAGUUACAAUAUAAUGUUAACAAUAUGCUGAUAAUUAAACAUAAGGAACACAAUCAUGUAGUAAAAUAAUAGUUUCUACAAAUAUAUUUUGUUUCUUGCAAAUAAG